AUGUCAGAUGAAAUACAACAAUUAGCAAAUACCACUACCGGUAAUCAAGCUUUACUCUCAAAUGAAACUGAAGAUCAAUCAAAAGAUCUGGCUGUAUGUGUUGAAGGUGCAUGGAAAAACUAUGGGCAUUGGUGGAAAUCUAUGACAGCUUUACGUGAUGUUACUCUUCAUGUGCCAACAGGAUUUAUAUAUGGUCUAUUAGGUCCAUCUGGAUGUGGCAAAACAACUUUAUUAAGAUGUAUAGUUGGGCGUUUACAAUUGAAUCGUGGAGAGAUUAAUGUACUUGGGCAGAGACCUGGUAGCCGUGGUCAUCAAAUUCCUGGGCGAGCUGUUGGUUUUAUGCCACAAGAAGCUGCACUAUAUAAAGAUUUUUCAAUAUCUGAAAUGCUUCAUUAUUUUGGUCAUCUUCAUAAUAUGAAUAGGGGAGAUAUUUUGUCACGAGAAGAAUUUCUUCUUUCUUUUCUUGAUUUACCUUCACGUGGAAAAAAAAUUUGUCAAUUAAGUGGUGGUCAGCAACGUCGUGUAUCAUUAGCAUGUGCUUUACUUCAACAACCACAAUUAUUACUUCUCGAUGAGCCAACUGUUGGUCUUGAUCCACUACUAAGAGAAAAAAUUUGGAGCCAUCUUAUUUACAUAUCAAAAACAAGUAAAACAACAAUUAUCAUAACAACUCAUUAUAUUGAAGAAGCAAGAAAAGCUAAUCGAGUGGGUCUUAUGCGAAGUGGUCGUAUGUUAGCUGAAGAUGAACCAUCUCGUCUAUUAACCAAAUAUAAUCAAACGAGUUUAGAAAAUGUUUUUCUUUUUCUAUGUGUUGAAGAUCAAAAAAGUGUUCUCCAAAAUUCAACUCAUAGUAUUAUUCAAGAUGAUAAAAUUGAAAAUGCUGUUAGUGCUGAUAAUGAAAAUUUACCUCCACUUGAUGUCACUAAUGGAGAAACUCCUCAUUCAGAAAUUCGUAAAAAAGAACUAGUAAAAAAUCCUGUAUUACGUGCAAAACGUGCUGCCGUAGAUUGUUGUAUUUGUCCACAUAUGCAUAAGAUUUAUGCAUUGAUGGUCAAAGAUUUAACAGUGAUUAAAAGAAAUAUUGGGUUUUUAAUUUUUCAAUUUUUAAUUCCACUCAUACAAAUUUCUCUAUUUUGUCUUUGUAUUGGCCGUGAUCCUCAACACAUUCCUAUGGCACUCUAUAAUAGUGAAGCAAUAAAUGGAUUUCCAACAGGAAAUCUAAGUUUAGCACUUCUAACUAAAAUUGAUCCUGAACAAAUUCAUUUUACACCGUUUGAUGAUUUUAAUAAAGCUAUUGAUGCUGUUAAACAAGGCCAUUAUUGGGGUGUUGCUGCUAUUAGACUUAAUUUUUCGCGAGGAAUUCAGAAUAAAUUAAUUUCAUUAAAAACAGACUCAGCUACGUUGAACGCAUCAUCUAUUCAUCUUUAUCUUGAUAUGACAAAUCAACAAGUUUCUUUUGUCAUGCAAAAUGUCUUAUUACAUAGUACUCAAUUAUUUUUAAAAGAUGUUUUAUCCAAUCAUCGAAUUGAUCCAGCAUUAGCUGAUCCUCCUGUUAUAAUAGAAAGUCCGAUAUAUGGAUCAAAAGCUCAAAGAUUUUUAAAUUUUGCUGCACCAGGAAUGAUGAUAUCGAUAAUAUUUUUUUUGGCUAUUGGUUUAACAGCAUUAAUAUUUGUCGUUGAAAAAAAAGAAGGUCUUUUAGAACGUAGUUGGAUUGCUGGUGUGACAACAGUUGAAGUUAUGCUUGCUCAUGUUAUUGUCAAAUUCUUUAUACAAUUUAUUCAAAUUAUUUUAAUGGUUGUUUUUGCUGAUGUCAUUUUUCAAGUAACUAUUGAAGGACCUGUUUUAUUAGCGAUGGCAUUAAUUUUCAUUCAAGGCAUUUGUGGAAUGAGUUAUGGUUUAUUUAUAUCAGCUAUGUGUGAACAAGAAGUUGAAGUUAUGGAAGUUGCACUUGGAAGUGUUUUCCCCAUAUUACUAACUUCAGGUGUAAUAUGGCCAUUAGAAGGUAUGCCACCCGUUAUGCGUUUUAUUAGUAAUUUUACUCCAUUAACGCAUGUCGUUGAAGCAAUGCGAUGUAUUGUUUCUCGAGCAUGGACAUUAGCUUAUUUUAAAGUAUGGUCAGGAUUUGUCAUAUCCGGUGCAUGGAGUUGUGGUUUUUUUACUUUAGCUGCUAUACUCUUCGCUCUUCGGAAAUAA